UGGCGUUGGCUGAUGCACUCAGUACAGCUUGCUCCACCAUGCAACUUGCUUCUUGCCGGCCGGUGCCUGUCCUAGUCUCUCCAGCGGGGAAGACUUCAUCUUGACUCCCUGCUACUAAUCCCCAAUUUUUUCCCUUGUUGCAGUACCAUGGCUUCGCCUCAUCGGCGCCUCCUCCUCUUCACCGUCGUCGUCUUCCUCCCACAAGUGUUCUCCCAGCUCCCCAACAUCUGCGGGACCAAGGCCAAUGGGAGGUACGCCUGCCCUGACUGCUCCACCUCUACUGCAGCCACCUCAAACCGUAGCGCCGGCUUCGAGGCCAACCUCCUCCGGCUCCAGGCCUCUCUCCAACACAUGGCCGCCAUGGACGCCAGCUUCCUGAACUCCACUUUCACUACCGGCGCCAGCGACGCGGCGGACGCGGUCUUUGGCCUCGCCAUGUGCUUCGCCGACACGGAGCGGUCCGACUGCUCUGCCUGUCUCGCUGGCGCGGCAGCCGAGUUGCCCGGGACCCGGUGUGGAGGCCGCAGGGACAUUGUCCUCUGGUACGGGCACUGCCUCGUGCGCUAUGAUGACGCCCCCUUCUUUGGCAGCGCGGACACGUCACCGGCGCGGCGGUUCGACGUGCCCAACCCCCACAACUUCUCCGAUCCAGUGAGCCUGGGUACGGCGCGUCAGAGGCUGGCCGGGCGGAUGCUCCCUGCCGCGGCGGCCUCGGCGCUCCGUUUUGCCUUUGACGCCGAGGAGGUCACACCGAACAUGACGCUGCAUGGGCUGGCACAAUGCACGGAGGACCUGCCCCCCGAGGAGUGCAGUCGGUGCUUGGCGUCGCACAUGGUCUGGCUCGCCGGAUGCUGCGCCAACAUGGACGGUGUCCGUCUAAACGGGCCCAACUGCUACCUGCGCUACGAGUUCAUGGCCUUCAUCCCCAGCAUGCCACCGUCCAUGGUACCCCUGCUACCUCCGGCUCCGGUGUCUGAACCAGGGACUCCCUCAGGGAGGAAGAAGGCUAGAACAUACAUACUUGCGGGGACCCUGAGUGCAUUGGCGCUGCUGUGCCUCAUUCUUCUGGGAGCAUUUCUGUAUUACAAGAAGAAGCUUCAUGGCUCACUUCCUCCCAUGCCCUGGAAGAGGGACACACCGACGAUUGAAUCCUUCCUGCGGCGGCAACAUCCGAGGAGGUACAGUUACUCACAAGUGAAACAGAUGACGAAAUCUUUCUCGCACAGACUCGGCCAAGGCGGCAACGGUGUGGUCUACAAAGGCAGCCUCCCGGAUGGCUGCGAGAUUGCUGUGAAGAUGCUCAAGGACAACAAGGACGUUGAUGGUGAGGAUUUCAUGACUGAGGUCGCCAGCAUCAGCAGGACCUCCCAUGUAAACGUUGUCACACUGCUGGGAUUCUGCUUGCAGGGAAGAUCGAAACGAGGACUCAUCUAUGAGUUCAUGCCGAAUGGCUCCCUUGAAAGGUACACUUCUGGGAGAGGCACUGAGCACUCACUUGGCUGGGAGACGCUGUUCGACAUUGCUGUUGGCAUCGCGCGUGGCCUCGAGUACCUGCACCGAGGUUGCAACGCGCAUAUUGUGCAUUUCGACAUCAAGCCUCACAACAUCCUCCUGGAUCAGGACCUCCAGCCGAAGAUCUCUGACUUCGGACUGGCCAAGCUGUCCUCCCAAAAAGAGAGCACCAUCGCGGUGUCCAUCGCCGGAGCUCGUGGCACGAUCGGGUACAUCGCGCCUGAGGUGUUCUCCAGGGGAGUAGGGGCGGUCACCAGCAAGUCCGACGUCUACAGCUAUGGCAUGAUGGUUCUUGAGAUAUCUGGGGCUAGGAGGAACAUCCACGAUGACGAUUUUGCUGGUUCAGGGACAAGCAGCAGCAGCAGCAAGUAUUUCCCCCAAUGUUUAUAUGAAGGCUUAGAUCAGUUCUGUGCAAGCGCUUGCGCGAUCGAUGAUGGCGAGGCUACCGAGCUGGUGAGGAAGAUGGUGGUGGUCGGGCUGUGGUGCGUGCAAAUCUCCCCUUCGGAUCGGCCUUCCAUGACCAGAGUGCUCGAGAUGCUGGAGAAGAGCACUGAAGAGCUUCAGCUACCACCACAUACUCCGCGUGGACGUUGAACACGCUGAAGACUCGGCUAUCUUGAAUUAUAUACAGCUAAAUGAUGAAAGCAUCGUUCAGGUUUUGAAACCAAAUUGUUUCAUUCGGUGAUGCAUGCACUUCUUGGGGUGUCGUUUCUCUGAAUUCACACGGUAAUUUUGAAAUUGUUAUGUGCAAAAUUCAACCAUGGAUAAGCCCAAUGGUCAUUUCCA